AUGUCCUCGUCAAAUUUAGCGGUGCUUAAUGCUCUUGACAAUGCUAGGAUACAAUUGUACCAUGUCACUGCGAUUAUCAUCGCAGGCAUGGGAUUUUUCACCGAUGCUUAUGAUCUUUUUUGCAUCUCCACCGUGUCGAAACUCCUCGGUCGCCUCUAUUACUAUGAUCCAAUUACAGGAAAUCCAGGAAAGCUUCCAACAAAUGUCAACAACGUGGUUACUGGUGUAGCCCUAGUUGGUACACUAAGUGGCCAACUAGUCUUUGGUUGGGCUGGUGACAAACUAGGCCGCAAAAAGGUUUAUGGUGUCACUUUGAUUAUCAUGGUCAUCUGUGCUAUUGGCUCAGGCAUAUCCUUUGGAUCAUCAGCCAAAUCUGUGAUUGGCACACUUUGUUUCUUCAGAUUUUGGCUAGGGUUUGGCAUUGGUGGUGAUUAUCCACUUUCCGCGACGAUAAUGUCUGAGUAUGCAAACAAGAAAACUCGUGGGAAAUUUAUAGCUGCUGUGUUUGCUAUGCAAGGAGUAGGAAUUAUUUUCGCCGGGCUAGUGUCAAUGAUUCUUUCUAAGAUUUUUCUCUCUCGUUAUCAUGCUGUGCCGUUUAGCAAAGAUCCUAUAUUGUCUACGCAACCUCAGGCGGAUUUUCUUUGGAGAAUUGUGCUAAUGCUUGGUGCUUUGCCCGCCAUGUUAACAUUCUUUUGGCGGAUGAAGAUGCCCGAAAGCGGUCGUUACACCGCUCUAAUUGAAGGGAAUGCUAAAAAAGCCGCAGCCGAUAUGGGAAGAGUUCUUGAUAUUGAUAUCCAAGAAGAAUCAGACAAGUUGUCCGAGAUCAGGGCCUCAAACAAUUACGAGCUACUAUCCUGGGAGUUCUUUGAUCGGCAUGGAUAUCACUUGAUAGGUACAAUGAGCACAUGGUUCUUGUUGGAUAUAGCAUUCUAUAGCCAAAAUUUAACACAAAAGGACAUAUUUCCAGCUAUGGGAUUAACGAAACAAGCUGCUGAUCUUAGUGCUUUAGAGGAAGUCUACGAGACAUCUUGUGCCAUGUUCAUCGUUGCAUUGCUUGGCACAUUCCCUGGUUACUGGUUCACCGUCUUGUUCAUUGAAAGUCUAGGCCGGUUUUUUAUCCAGGUCAUGGGGUUUAUCAUGAUGUCAAGCUUCAUGCUGCUUAUGGGAGUUUUCUAUGAUAGUCUUAAAGAACAUAAGUGGCUAUUUGCACUUCUCUACGGCCUAACAUUUUUCUUUGCCAAUUUCGGUCCGAAUAGCACAACGUUUGUGCUUCCCGCAGAGUUGUUUCCAACCCGACUCAGAUCAACUUGCCACGCAUUGAGCGCCGCGGCCGGAAAGGCUGGAGCCAUGAUUGGGGCAUUUGUGGUUCAAACAUAUACUUUGGAUGGGGAUGUUACCAAAAUAAAGCGUGCUUUGUUGGCUCUGUCCUUCACCAAUAUUCUAGGGGCUUGUUUCACGUUCUUCCUGUCGGAGACCAAAGGGAAGUCUUUGGAGGAGAUAUCCGGCGAAGAUGGUGGUCAGAAUAUAUAG